AUGGAUUCCACUGCCCCCCUGUACUGCACCCAGCCUUGCAGAGAGGGUUGUGUUUGCAACAAAGGCUACAUUCUCAGCGGAGCAGUGUGUGUGUCCCUGAGACAGUGCGGCUGCACGUUGAACGGUCAGUAUCACCAGCUGGGAGAGGAGGUGAUCCUGACAGACACCUGCAGCAGGAAAUGCAGCUGCCGGCAGCCUGCCCAGCCCAUGCAGUGCCAGGAUCAUGCCUGUGGGGCUCUGGAGACAUGCAGCGUUGCGGAUGGCAUCCGAGGCUGUUACCCUGUGAAAUAUGGCACCUGCUGGGUGUUUGGUCAUCCUCACUACACCACAUUUGAUGGAGUCAUGUUUGAUUAUCAAGGAGCCUGCAAGUACACCCUGAGCAAGUACUGUGGCCCCCCUGGGAAACUCCCCGACUUCACCAUCAAAGUAGAGAAUGUGCACAGGGGCUCCAUCGUAGUGUCCUGGACGCACCUGGUAGAGCUCGAGGUCUACGGUGAGCAUAUUGCCAUAGCAGAAGGACAGUAUGGCCAGGUGCAGGUGAAUGGAUCCCUGGUCAAUCUUCCCCUGGUCCUUGCAUCAGGUAAACUCUAUGCCUAUUUCAGCGGCUCAUCGGCUGUGGUUCAGACGGAUUUUGGCCUUUCUGUGUCCUACGACUGGUCCUACUAUGUGCUGGUUUCUGUUUCUGAGGCCUAUUCUGGGUUCCUCUGUGGACUCGGUGGGGACUUCAAUGGGAACCGGAGUGAUGAUUUUCGAACCCCAAAUGGUUCUGUGGUCCAUGAUGCCGUCACCUUUGGCAAUAGCUGGAAGGAUGCCAACUCCCCUUUUCACUGCACGGCCGUUGGGCUCCCAGCCCAAUGUAACAAAGUGGAACUAGCCCAGUACAAAUCUGAGCGCUACUGCGGGGUUAUCACGGAUACUACUGGGCCUUUUAAAGAGUGUUACCAGCCGGGUGCUGCGCAGGUUCACUUAGAGAGCUGCGUGAGGGAUGUGUGCGCGACUCAGGGCAGCCACAAGACCCUGUGUGAAGUGCUUCGCAGUUAUGCCCAGCAGUGUCAAAGUCGCAGCAUUGCCAUUGAGCCAUGGAGACAGCGGGCUGGGUGCGCUGUGCCCUCCCGCUGCCGGACUGCGUGUGAAGAAGGGUGCCAGUGUGACCCUGGCUUUGUGCUGAGUGGCACCGACUGUGUGCCUCGGGAGCAGUGCGGCUGCACCCACAAUGGCAGAUACCACCUGGCAGGGGAAAGCUUCUGGGAAGGAGAAAAUUGCCAGAGAUUGUGCAGAUGUGACGACUCCUCCCACGCUGUCCAGUGCUCCCGCUCUGCCUGUGCCCCGGGGGAAUUCUGUGGCACUCGAAAGGGGGUUUAUGGAUGCCAUGAACGAACCAAUGGCAUCUGCUGGGCUUCUGGGCUGCCCCAUUACACUACGUUUGAUGGGAAGCGAUACAAUUCCCAGGGCACCUGCAGAUAUGUCUUUGCUGAAUUGUGUGGGGCAUCCAAAUCCUUGCCCUUCUUCAGAGUGGAAGUGAAGAACGGAAACCUGCCCCGUGUUCCUGUGGCUGUGACCUCGGAGGUGUUUGUCCUUGUGAACAGGACUGAGAUCCAUCUGCAGAGAGGGCAGCACGGGACAGUCAAGAUUGAUGGGGUGUCUCUGACUCUCCCGGUGCGUCUCCAGAGAAGAGGAAUCGUCGUUUAUCGGGAUGGGUUUCAUACCGUUGUGCAAGCCGACUCUGGGCUGAGUGUGAGCUACGACCUGGCCCACAGCCUCUUUGUCAACCUCCCCCCUGAGUACCGAGGCCACACCUGUGGGCUGUGCGUGAACCUCAAUGGAGCGGCUGAGGAUGAUUUUGUGAUGCAGAACGUCUCCCAGGGGAAGGACGCCUUCCACUUGGCUUUGGCUGGGAAGUCGGAGGAUGUCCCUGGCUGUGAUGAUGGCUGCCCUGAUUCCUGCCCUUUGUGUGAAGAGGAGGAAAGUCUGGUGCAGUCCAAGUCCCGGUGCUGGGUGAUCCAGGACCCUGAUGGGCCGUUCUCCGCUUGCCACUCCCAGAUUGACCCAGGCCACUAUCUGUCUGAUUGCAUCUUUGACCUGUGUGUGUCAGGAGGGGAGAGCAGUGCCCUGUGCGAGUCCAUUCAGACAUAUGCAGCCGCCUGCCAGCGAGCGAAUGUCUCCAUCUCACCUUGGAGGAAUGAGUCUUUCUGUGACCCUCGCUGCCCAGCAAAUAGUCACUACAAGCUUUGUGAGCAUCCCUGUCGGGACCUGUGUGCAGGCUCCUUUCUUGAAAAUCACUGCAGCUCCCUGUGCUCUGAAGGGUGUUUCUGUAAUGACGGGUACCUGCGGAGUGGGGAUCAGUGCGUCCUGCCAGGGCAUUGUGGCUGUGAGCAUGACGGACGCUACUAUGGGCUUGGGGACUUUCUCUGGCUCGCUGAUUGCACCCAAAGGUGCAGCUGUGACUCCUCUGGUACUUUCAGGUGUGUCCCCGCCAGCUGUAACCCUGGCCAGCAGUGUGCUGUGAAGGACGGGAAGUUGGGCUGCCAGAGCCAGCUGAGCACGUGCACGGUGACAGGGGACCCUCACUACUUCACCUUCGAUGGGGCUGUGGCCCAUUUCCAGGGCACGUGCGCCUACGAGAUCUCACACACCUGCAACUCCUCCCUCGACUUCUCCUUCCGGGUGGUGGCCGCAAACAGGAAUUUCCGGAAUCCCCGGGUCUCCUUCAUUUACCGAGUGGAACUUUGGCUCAGAACUGGCCAUUUUAAUUCCCAUGUCGUUCUGGAGCGAGGCAAAGACGUUCUGGUUGAUAGUGUGAAGAUUCCUUUACCAGCUCAGCUGGGACCUGUGGCCAACAUCACCAGGGUGAAGAACAUGGUGACUCUAAAAGCAAAGGCCAACGUGGAGAUCCAGUUUAAUGGCCGCCAUGCUUUGUUUGUCCGUGUGGGCCCGGAGUAUCGGGAGCAGCUGUGCGGGAUGUGUGGGAACUUCAAUGGGGAUCGCAGCGAUGAUAAAGUCAUGCCCAGUGGGGAGAAAGCCCAGGAUGACGCAGAGUUUGGGAAUACCUGGACCUCUGACAUCAGCCCCUCAAGGUGUAAAAAUGACACUGGCAACACAGAGGCAUGUACAAAAUUGACUGAGUUCCAGCAGCUGUGUGGGAUCCUAACGAACCGCUCCGGGCCUUUUUCUGAGUGUCACUGGUAUGAGAGCCCAGUCCCUUACUAUGAAUCCUGUGUCUACGAUCUCUGCCAGUAUGGCCUGGGCAAUCACAUGCUGUGUGCAGCUGUCGAAUCCUACGACGAGAUAUGUGCCUUUCACGGUGUGAAAGUAGCAAAGUGGAGGCAAGGGCUGCGCUGUGGUGUCAACUGCCCAGCCAACGCCUAUUUUGACUUCUGUGGCCCUCCCUGCCCUGCCUCUUGCAUCAGCCUUAAUUCAUCCAUCCAAUGCACCAAGCCCUGUGUGGCGGGAUGCUUCUGUAGGGAAGGGUAUGUGCUGGACGCUGGACGCUGUGUGUCUGUGAGCCGGUGCGGCUGCACGUUGAAUGGUCAGUAUCACCAGCUGGGAGAGGAGGUGAUCCUGACAGACACCUGCAGCAGGAAAUGCAGCUGCCGGCAGCCUGCCCAACCCAUGCAGUGCCAGGAUCAUGCCUGUGGGGCUCUGGAGACAUGUAAAGUUGUGGAUGGCGUCCGAGGCUGUUACCCUGUGAAGUUUGGCACCUUAUGGGUGUUUGGCCACCCCCACUAUCACAUUUUCGAUGGACUUGCUUUUGACUCUAAAGGUACCUGCAAAUACACCCUGAGCAAGUACUGUGGCCCCCCUGGGAAUCUCCCUGACUUCACUGUCAAAGUGGAAAAUGAGCACAGGGGCUCCAUCACGGCGUCCUGGACAUGCCUGGUGGAGCUGGAUGUCUACAGGGAACAUAUUGCUGUUGCAGUGGGACAGCACGGCCAAGUGCAGGUGAAUGGAUCCCUGGUCAAUCUGCCCCUUGUCCUAGCAUCAGGUAAACUCUAUGCCUAUUACAGCGGCUCAUCUGUCAUCAUCCAGACAGAAUUUGGCCUCUCUGUAUCUUAUGACUGGUUCCACUAUGUGACGAUUACUAUACCUGAGAUUUACUCUGGGCUGGUCUGCGGGCUCGGAGGAGACUUCAAUGGGAACCAAAAGCUAACCUGCCCCGCCAACAGCCACUAUGAGCUCUGUGGACCUUCCUGCCCGGCCUCUUGUGCCCACCCAGCUGUGCCCUCCCGCUGCCGGACUGCGUGUGAAGAAGGGUGCCAGUGUGACCCUGGCUUUGUGCUGAGUGGCACUGACUGUGUGCCUCGGGAGCAGUGCGGCUGCACCCACAAUGGCAGAUACCACCUGGCAGGGGAAAGCUUCUGGGAAGGAGAAAAUUGCCAGAGAUUGUGCAGAUGUGACGGCUCCUCCCACGCUGUCCAGUGCUCCCGCUCCGCCUGUGCCCCGGGGGAAUUCUGUGGCACUCGAAAGGGGGUUUAUGGAUGCCACGAACAAACCAACGGCAUCUGCUGGGCUUCUGGGCUGCCCCAUUACACUACGUUUGAUGGGAAGCGAUACGAUUUUCAGGGCACCUGCAGAUAUGUCUUUGCUGAACUGUGUGGGGCAUCCCAGUCCUUACCCUUCUUCAGAGUGGAAGUGAAGAAUGAAAACCUGCCCCAUGUUCCUGUGGCUGUGACCUCAGAGGUGUUUGUCCUUGUGAACAGGACUGAGAUCCAUCUGCAGAGAGGGCAGCAUGGGACAGUCAAGAUUGAUGGGGUCACUGCGACCCUCCCAGUGAGUGUCAAUGGAGGAGAAAUCAUCAUUUACCAGGCUGGACUGUACACGGUAGUGAAAACAGAGUUUGGGCUGAGCGUGAGCUACGACCUGGCCCACAGUCUCUUUGUCGGCCUCCCCCCUGAGUACCGAGGCCACACCUGUGGGCUGUGCGGGAACUUCAAUGGGGCCGCUGAAGAUGAUUUUGUGACGCGUAACGGCUCCCUAGGGAAGGACGCCUUCCACUUCGCUGCAGACUGGAAGUCGGAUGUCCCUGGCUGUGACGACGGCUGCUCUGAUUCCUGCCCUGGGUGUGAAGAGGAGGAAAGUCUGGUACAGUCCAAGUCCCGGUGCUGGGUGAUCCAGGACCCUGAUGGGCCAUUCUCCGCUUGCCACUCCCAGAUUGACCCAGGCCACUAUCUGUCUGAUUGCAUCUUUGACCUGUGUGUGUCAGGAGGGGAGAGCAAUGCCCUGUGCCAGUCCAUUCAGACAUACGCAGCCGCCUGCCAGAGAGCGAAUGUCUCCAUCUCACCUUGGAGGAGCGAGUCCUUCUGUGCCCUUUCGUGCCCCCCGCACAGUCACUAUGAGCUCUGUGAGACUCACUACCAGGACAUGUGUGCUGGAUCCUGGCUUCAGAAGUACUGCGGGCACACAUGCUCUGAAGGGUGUUUCUGUAAUGAUGGGUACCUGUGGAGCGGGGAUGAGUGUGUCUUGCCAGAGCACUGUGGCUGUGAGCACGACGGACGCUACUACGGGAUUGGAGACCACGUCUGGUUCUCUGGUUGUACCCAGAGAUGUAGCUGUGACUCCCGAGACCAUUUCCGUUGCUUCCAAGCUAAAUGCUACCCAGGCCAGCAGUGUGCUGUGAAGAACAGCAAGAUGGGAUGCCAGAGUCUCUUGACGACAUGUGUUGUAACAGGGGAUCCUCACUACUUUACAUUUGAUGGGGCUGUGGCACAUUUCCAAGGCAUAUGUGACUAUGAGAUCUCCCACACCUGCAACUCCUCCUUGGACUUGUCUUUCCGUGUGGUGACAGCAAACAGGCAUUUCCGGAAUCCCCGGGUGUCUUUCGUUUACCGAGUGGAAAUUUGGCUCAGCACUGGCAAUUUUAAUGCUCAUAUUGUCCUAGAGAGAGGCAAAGCUGUCCAUGUGAGUUGA